AUAGGGAACCAUAGUUUGUUUUUCUCGUGAAAACUUUCGGAAAUUACGAACAAGUAGCACUGUACGACCAAGACUCGUACUGAAUGUUUUCGCUGUAUCUCUCCGCCGCAUUAUUCACCUUCGGAGGCAUGCGCAUGUACUGGUGUCGAUGAGACAAGAGUCCGGCAGCCGAAUUAGUUUGCACUGAAGAAUCUAUAUGCCAUUUGCCAUUAUUCCUGCGCAUAGCUAUAACGGGGGAUGACUCGUUAUUGGCGGCAGUGUUACUUCGUUUGGGGAAUACCAUCGCCGCACGAUUCUUUAUUUUUGCCUGCUCUGCUGGUUCGUCUUCUGUGGUUCAGUGUGUCUCAUAUGCCUCUUCCCCAUCUUGUUGGGGUGACACCACCAGCUUGUACCGUCACCGCUUAGUCACUCGAUUUACGCUUUGUUCUUUCAUAGGAAAAGGAGACGUUGGUGACGUUUCCCGGUGUUAUUUUUGGCAGCCAUGGAGGAGAUGCGGGCACAACUCGCGGCCUUGAUGGAAAGCAUCAAGGCCCAACCGACUGAUUUCACGGAUCCGGAAGUAUGCAAGUACUUCUUGACCGGUCUCUGCCCUCAUGAUCUGUUUGAGAAUACGGAAUCUGGUCUCUACAUCAAGGGCUACCGAUUUUCUUUGGGCCCAUGCAAGAAGACGCACAGCGAAGAACUGAGAGCGAGAUACAUGGAAGCAAGGAAAACGAGACGCUACGGAUAUGAAGAGCUGUCGAUCCAGAUCGUCAAGCAGCUCAUCGAAGAAGCUGAGAGGAAGGUGGAAAAGGGGCAGAUGAGGUCUGACGAAGGGCACAUCGCGCCCCCUGAGCACGUUCGACAGAGGCUCAUGGCGGAGGUGAAAGCUCUUGACGACGACAUUGACGAGAAGCUGAGAAAGGUCGACGUUUUGACAGAACAAGGGGACCAUGACGCGGCAGCAAACCUAGGAGAGGUGGUAGCUUCUCUUCAAGUUAAGCGCUGCAAGUUGUUGUUCAAAGGAGCCGAAGGAACUCCACAGAAGCUUCGUCCUUGUGACGUGUGCGGCGCCCUACUUUCCGUCUUCGAUACCGACAAGCGCCUCGAUGAGCACUUCCAAGGGCGUAUUCAUGUAGGGUUCCAAAAGCUUCGCAACAUUCUGAAGAAACAUCUCGAAUACAUCGCGUCAGCGCCUCUCCCUGACGCAUCUCUUAGACCUCAGACAAUGCCAAGCGGGACGCUCUCUGUGAACGCCAUGAUGGCUGUAAACCAAAUUAUCACCCCACCUCCGCAGCGAGUGGAUCCUGCUGCUAUUGCAGCGAUCGCCCGAGCCCAGGUUCAGCUGCCUCCGCCACCACCUCAACCUCCAGCUCCAGCUGUAAACACUGUAGCUGUGUCUGCGCCGCCUGCUGUACCCGCUUCGACGAACGAGGAAAGAGGACGAAGUCGCAGUCGUUCAGCAGACGACAAAAAGUCAAGAAGCCGCAGCAGAGAUCAUGACAGGAAGAAGAAGAGUCGAAAGAGGUCACAUUCCCGACGUCGUUCGAAGAGCCGGGACAGAAAGAGGAGUAGCAGCAAACACAAGAAACACCAUAGCGACAAAGAACGGAGCAGAGACAGGGACAGAAGAAAGGAUGAUCACAAAGAAAAACACAGGCACAAAGGGAGCAAGAGCAGAAAGUGA